UUGAAUAUCAAUCAGGAAGGAAAGGAAAGGAGUUGAUUUUGACUGUUGAAGUUGUUGCGAUCAGCUAAUAUAUAUAUAUAUAUCAGACUUGAUCUUCUCAGCAUGUUCUAUUUCUAGAAUAGGGAUAUGGAGAAGAAUCAUGUUUGGAGAUGGACUUUAGGUCUAAUUUACAUAUUAGCUGUUGCAUCCAUCUGGAUCGCUGCAAGUUUCGUUGUUCAGUCGGUGGUCGAUGGAGGCGUAUCCCCUUUUCUCAUUACAUACAUUUGUAAUUCAUUGUUCAUACUAUUGAUUCCUUUAGUUGAAAUCGGAAGAUAUUUAGAGGAUACAUACGGAACCAUCUUCUUCUUCUGGAGAAGAAAAACAAGUCAUUUUCCAGAACAAACUAAAGACUCAGAGGUUGUUCCUCUUCAACAUGACGACAUCGCAGAUCUUCAAUCUCUCGACAUAAAUAAUCCAGAACUUCUUCUGCCCGUUACAGAAGAACAAGUUGCUGAUAAAGGGUUGGAUUCAAAAGGGCGAUGGACACGGAUGAGACUGGCAAAAAUCAGUCUUUUGAUCUGCCCCUUUUGGUUCCUGGCACAACUCACAUUUAACCUCUCCCUUAAGUAUACAACAGUGACGUCAAAUACAAUCUUAAGUAGUGUAUCAAGCCUUUUCACCUUUGUGGUAGCUCUUGUAUUCUUGGGUGAGAAAUUCACUUGGAUUAAGCUGAUCAGUGUAAUUCUUUGUAUGGGAGGAACUGUCAUUGUCAGCUUGGCUGAUUCUGGGACAGGGUUAAGUGCAGUUGCUUCAAACCCUGUUCUUGGUGAUGGUCUUUCUCUUGUAUCUUCAGCCUUGUACGCCAUAUACAUAACCCUUAUUCGUAAAAAUCUACCUGAUGAAGAUGAUGAAAAAAGUGGGAAAGCCAGUAUGGCACAAUUCCUUGGUUUCUUAGGAUUAUUCAACCUAUUGAUCUUCCUGCCUGUUGCAGUUAUACUCAGUUUUACCCAUCUAGAGUCAUUCAACUGGCUCACAUGGAAGCAACUUGGCCUAAUCGUUGGUAAAGGGUUGAUGGAUAAUGUGUUGAGUGAUUAUUUGUGGGCUAAGGCGGUUCUUUUAACAACAACUACAGUGGCAACGGCUGGACUUACCAUCCAAGUACCGUUAGCAGCGAUUAUCGAUACAUUGAUAGGAAAUGCACCUAAUCCAAUGGACUACAUUGGUGCUGCAGUCAUUAUGGUGGGUUUUGUGGGAAUUAACAUCCCAUCUGAUAUCUUUUCCAGAUGGAAGGAUCAUCAUCCACAUGAAGAACUUGUUCAAGUCAGGUCAACCAGUUCCUAGUGUUUUUGCUCAUUUGAUUCUUUGUGAUUUACUUAGCAUGCUUCCAAAAGUGUAUACUUUUCUUUUUAUGUGUCAAAAGGUAUUAGAUGAUUUAUUAUUUUGUUCUAUUAUAUUUUGUGUACACAUUUUGGUAGGUAUAUAAAAACAGUGUUUAUUAAUUAUUACUGAAGAGUUUUCUUUUUUAAGUUUGAUUUCA